GGGUAGAGAGAGAAAGGGUUUUUUGGGGUUUAAGAAGAAGAAGAAGAAGAAGAAGAAGAAGAAGAAGAAGAAGAAGAAGAAGCCAUGGGUCCGUCCACGAACUGGUAGUUAGGGAUUAAGCUUCUUAACCAAACGCGGCGUUAUCGGCCAAGAAGAGGAUGCAGAAGACGAAGAAGAAACAGCGGGGGAUUUGAAUUUGUUGAAGCAGAGGAGCAAAGAAAAGCAAUCAACAGCCACAAAAAGAGAGGGCUCUUUUUUGGGGGAUGGAGAAAAGGGAAUUAAAGUCAUCAUUUAGAGAGAGAAAUCAAGAAAAAAAUCGGUGUUACUCUCACGUGGGAAUUGAUGCAAAUUAUAGAUAAGAAUCAUUUUAUGCUCCGCCGAUCGGGUGCCGUUUUCGAGCUUUUUUGUUCCCUUCCACGGCGGCAACCGUCGCGGAUUUCUGGGUGACUACACUACGAAGUUCUGAAUUGAGAGGGGAAAUCUAUGGCUACUUACUAUUCUAGUUCGAGUAAUGGAAGGGAUGCUACUCCUAUCCUCUACUCGAGAGGAGCUUUGAUCGGUUCGUAUGAAGACUCGUCGAUUCUUCCCCGGAAUAUGAUGAUGCAUAAUUCUGGGAUGUACAUGGAUUCAUGUCCUUCACAGGGAGACAAUGGUUGUGGUCAGAUAACGUCGGUUGGAGCAGCGGGAACGAGCCAACAACAGCAGGAGUUUUUGUCGAAUCUCGGUGGUUCGGAGAUUGCUGAGCAUGAUUUCAAUACAUGGAGAGGAGAGGGAAGGAGUGAAAUGGUCGGUGCGAGCUCGAUGCGUGGCCCGACCAAUGUUCUUCAUGGUGGGCAGAAUUUGCAGGGUCAGGGGUUAUCCCUUACUCUUAGUACACAAAUUCCAUCUGGAAUUCAAAUGCCAUCAAUUCCUUAUAGGAAUUCGGAUAUGGGUUUAGCUUCGUUCUUGAGUCCGAAUCCGACUAGUUCAGGCGACGAUGGCUGCAGAAAUGGCAGCUCUAGAGACGAGCAGUUGGCAAAGGGCGAAUUAUCUCAAUACAGUAUGUCUACGAUUGCACGAACGAUGCCGAACUCGAAGUACCUUAAGGCAGCACAACAACUCCUUGAUGAAGCUGUUAAUGUCAGGAAAGCUUUGAAGCGACCUAAUAAUGAGAGAAACCAGAGCUCACAUGAGCAUGAAACUAGAAGUGGAAAGAAUGGUGAUGCAGGAACCAAAAACGAUGGUUCGAUGCUCACUGCAAGCGGAGCGUCUUCAAACCCUCAAGAAACUGGAAGCAAUUCAACUUGUGAGCUCUCUCAUGCUGAAAAGCAAGAUUUGCAGAACAAGUUGACAAAGCUUUUAUACAUGUUGGAUGAGGUUGAUAGAAGGUACAAUCAGUAUUACCAUCAGAUGCAGAUUGUGGUAUCAUCGUUUGAUGUUAUAGCAGGAUGUGGGGCGUCUAAGCCAUAUACUGCACUUGCACUCCAGACUAUAUCUCGUCAUUUUCGGUGCUUGCGGGAUGCAAUAGCUGGUCAAGUUCGAGCUACCCGUAAAAGCCUGGGAGAGCAUGAGAACUCUGGAAAUGACAAAGGAGUUGGAAUCACCCGUCUCCGGUACGUCGACCAGCAGUUAAGGCAACAAAGGGCUCUUCAGCAGCUUGGUAUGAUACAGCAGCAUGCAUGGAGGCCUCAAAGAGGGUUGCCUGAGAACUCUGUUUCGAUUCUUCGUGCUUGGCUGUUCGAGCAUUUCCUUCAUCCGUAUCCAAAGGACUCUGAUAAGAUCAUGUUGGCAAGGCAAACAGGAUUGACUAGAAGUCAGGUCUCUAAUUGGUUUAUCAAUGCACGCGUUCGUCUUUGGAAACCUAUGGUAGAGGAAAUGUACAAGGAAGAGGCAGGCAGUGCAGAAAUGGACUCUAUAUCAUCAUCUGAAAAUGUUGGCAAGGGAACAAAAGGAGAUAACAGGACCUUUGAGGAUAAUAAGGAGGAGGAUCUGCAACAAAGUACAAGUUCAACAGCCACCGAAAGAUGUAGCGCUGGAGACAUUAUCGACUUAAAAUCCGAUCAAGCCUCUAAUCUUGGAAAUUCAGGUUCCACCAGACUAGCUAGUUUCCAAAAUGGUGCUCACAUCGAAGCUCAAAACGAGCUGGUAAAGUCGAGGGAGGAGCUAAGGCCUAAUGUAAAUAACUCUAAUUUCUUUCCUGAUGCAAUUGUCCAGUCUCAGGCAGGAAGUGACAGGUUUAUGGCUGCCGCUGCUGCCUAUCACAUGUCUGAACUGGGAAGGUUUGGGGCGGUUAGCGGGGUAUCGCUUACACUGGGCUUGCAGCAUUGUGAGGGUGGUGGCAUACCUAUGCCCACUGGGACACAUCAUGGUUUUGCAGCCAUGAGAGGAGACGAAAUGUACAAUGCUGCAGCGUCUUCUCUCGGGGACACAGGCCAUUUUGAAUGCGUAAACGCUGGUAAUCCGCAACCGAGGUUCGGCCCUUCUCAUCUUUACCAUGAUUUUGUUGUGUAAAAGUGCAACUGUACAAGAUUGCUGGUCUGCAUCAUAUACUAGAUGAUAUAUAUGUACCACUGAAGGAGCAAAGGAACAUGGAUUUUUCUGCAUUAGAACAUAGGCUGUUCCUUGUAGCAUUUCCUUGCUUGCAGAUAAAAAGAAUGAUUUGUGUCCUCCAUAUAUGAUAUAUGGAAAGCAGCAAAAAACAUAUUUGUUAUAUAUAUCAUGUGUAGUCGAUUGGAAGGUUAGCCAUA